AUGAGCGAAGCCGACAGGAACCAAGCCAUUCAGUUGCUCAACGAUGCAAAGAUGGCGUCCGACGCCAGCCAGAAGGCACUGAUCUCUCCUUUGGAUGCAAACGUGGACCUCCUGAAGGGCCUGACAGAGCUCAUUGUCCACAAGCAGCCAGCACUGCUAUCGGAGUUUUUGCCAGAGGUGGUGCUGCUGCAAACAGAGCCGGCAGUGCCGGUGCGGAAGCAGCUGGUGGAGUUGCUGGAAGCUGCCGUUCGCGCGCAGCCUAGUCUGGCCGCCCUCCACGCUGUGCUGUGCACGCUGCGUCAGCUGCUGGAUGACUCAUCGCCCGCUGUCGUGCGCCGUGCUGUCGCCGCAUGCUCCAUCGCUUUUAGGGGUCCCAUGGUCCCCCCCGAUGUGGCGGCAGUCUGGGAGGCCUGCGGGGGGAUCCGGCAGAGGGUGAGUCAGCUGGCGGGGGAGCCCGUCUCCGACGGCGUGCGAUUCGCGGCGCUCAAGUUCAUGGAGUUUGUCAUCAUGCUCGUCACCGCUGAGUCAGCCCCGAAGGGCGCACUCGCACUCGCCAACCACGCCCUCCUCAACCCUGCACAGGUGGCGCGCGACGCAGAGACGCUCCUGCUGCAGCUGCUGGGCAUGGUGAAGCAGUCUGCACUGGCGAACCUCCCUGGCAGCGUUGCCAUCGUGGCAGUCAAAGCCGUCGGCUCUCUGGCAGCGCACCGACCUCAAUACCUGGGCCGAGUGCUGCCCACCCUCCUGUCCGCCGCCUCUGCCAACAGCAGCUCUUCCGGGGAUGACCGGAAUGGGGUUGCUGCCAGCGUGGACAGGGCGGUGAAAGAUUCGCUGAUGUCCGUUCUGCGCUGCAAAGCACCCCAGGCUCUGCCGUGGCAGCGGAAGAUAGUGGCGGCGUUGCACGCUCUGGGCGCGGGCGAGCAGGCAGAUGCUGAAGUGCGCAGGAGUGAAAGACAGGCUAAGAGGGAACGCGCAAGGCAGGACGAAGACAGCAAUGGGUCAGCCAAGCGCCAGAGGCUGCCCUCAGCAGAACCUGCACAGCCCCAACCUGCAGUGGUUCAGCCAUUGCCACAGCCGACGCCCCAAAUACCGCAGUAUGAGCCGUCGAUGCUACUGCGGCUUCUGCACGAGUGCCCUGGACACACGCCGGAGAGGGACUUGCGAGAAGUUCUGGCAGUGAUGGCGGUCUUAGCGGCAGAGAACGAUCUCACGACCCUCAAGGCAUUCGUUGCUGAGCUGUCGGACGCUGUGCUGGCGGACGCUGUCAUCGCCAAUUUAGACCACCUGCCGCGGCGGGAAGACGUCUGCGACGGCGUUCCCGCUCCAGCGGCCGGCCUCGGUGGCCUCGCCGGCCUGCUGCAGGGGCUGACAGAGCCAGGUGAGCCCGUGCAGCAGCAACCGGCCGCCGCGCCAAAGCAGGAACCGCCCGAAGUACAGCCACAGCCAAAGGCGGCUCCACAACCCCUGGCAGCUCCCCGGCAGCUGGCGCUGCGGCGAGCGCAGCUGCCGGUGCUGAAAUUGGAACCGCUGGCGCUGACUCAGCAGCAGCAGGGAACGCUGAGACUGGACGCCGUCGGGCGAGUCUUAGGAGCGGAGGCCGCCCCUGUGCAGCACCUGCGCGCGUCUGUGCUGGCCUCGCUGGCCACCAGGGCGCCGGUGGGUGACUUGGCGGCUGACAUGGUACUGCAGCACCUGCUGGGCAGCUUCCAUCAGCCCAAGAGCUAUGACCUGGCGCUCAAGUGGCUGUACCGCCUGUUUGUUGCGAAUGCUGGCAUCGGCGUGACAUCAGCCGCCAAGGCCGCCGCCAGCGCUCACAUCACCCAGCCCGAGAGGAAGGCAGCGCUUGCAUCAGCUCUGGACGAUGACAUGGCGAUGACAUCAGCGGAUGACAACGCCAAUUCUGGCGCCUUGAUCGCUGGCUCACAGGACGAAGUUAUGGCAGAUGCUGCGCCGCCAGAACAGGCAACUGAGCCUGAACAGCCCGAAACACAGGAUGCUGCAGAAAGCUCCGGCAGAGAGCUUGCGGUAAGGGAGGAAGAUGGAGGUUCCGAGGGGGACGGGAAUUGGGCGGCGGCGCUUGUGGACAGCCCCUAUGAGAUUGUGCUACUCGCUAUGCUGGAAGGUCUCAGGGAACAGCAGACGGACCCCAAGGACCGCACAAUAGCGAAACUGCUGAUGGAAGCUCCGGCGCUGCCGCAGCCGGCCAUCGCGCAUUUUCUGGCCGACGUGGCCGGUGGCGGCGACGAGUGGGCAAACCUCUCACUGCAGGCGGCGCGUGACAUCAUCAUGGGCCGUCCAAAUGACAGAGCCCCUGUCCUGGACAUGGUUUUGAGCACCGCCACAGCGCAGGAUGAAGAUAUGAGGAGCAAGGCGGUGAGGCUGACAGCAAACCGGCUGUACCAGGAGACCUUCCUGCAGGACGCAAUCGAGCAAUUUGCACUGGCAAAGCUGCGCGAACUCGAGACCCCUCCGCAGCAGGAGCUGCCGGCAGCUUCACAGCCGCUUGCCCUAGAGAAUGGCUCAGCUGCGCUUGUCUUGAGUGCAGCUCCGGUGCCCGAUCAGGCACCGUCAGCAGAGAAGGUGACGCCGCCGGAGACCAGCUCAGCCGCGCCAGAUCAGGCACCGGCAGCAGCUGAGGGAACGCCGUCGGAGAACGGAUCAGCCGCGCCAGAUCAGGCAACAUCGGCAGGGUCUGAUCCAGCAAUCGGCAGCUCUGGCAGCGCGCCGCAGGAAGACAGCAGAAAGCAAAAAAGCGAGGCUGCGAGCAAAGGGGCCGAAGGCAGUAAACAACAGAAAAGCGGAGAAGCUCCAACAGGAGCAAUCACAGAGAACGGCGGUGAGCAUGAAAGCGCGAGCGGCGGUGAUGGCGUGAAGGAUGCAGGCAGGGGGGAGAGGAGCGAGGGGAGCCAGGGGCCGCAAAAUAAAGGGGGUGUAUCAAAGGAAGAUGAGGGGGUUAGUCAUGCGGCGGAUGACACAACCGCUCGCAGGGAGUCUGGCAGCCUCGCAACUACCAGCGGCAAGGAAGCUGUCUCGGUGUCAGGGAGAGAAAAGAGCGUGCACAGGGGAAAUGCGGCAAACGCGGCGGGGGCAGCGCAGGGGAUUGCUGCGUUGGUGGAGGCGGCAGCGCAGGAUUACAUAGGCAGCGUGGAGGAUGCGCAGAGUCGCUGCGAUCUGUUCUGCGCGCUGUGCACCAAGAAGCCGGAGCUGCUGCACCAGCUAAUGCAGGUCUAUGGGAAGGCGGCAGAGGCAGCGCGCGCGGCGAUCCGAGAGAGGGCGCCGGGGCUCGCGCGUGUGAUCGGCGCGGCUUCACCGGUGCUUGUUGGACUCUUGCGACAGCGCCCGCCGCCAGGCAGCCUGCCUCUCCUGCUCAGCAUGCUGCACACACUCACAGAGAGCAAGCCACCCCCGGCGAGCCUGGUGGGAGCGUGCAUGGAGGCUUUGAAGCGCAGCAAGGAUGUGCGAUUUCUGGUGCCGGCUUUGGGCGGGCUGACGCGGCAAGAGGCGCUGAUGCACCUGCCGAAACUGCUGUCCCUCAAGGACGCCGCCGGCUUCACUGCCGGCCUACAGCGGCUGCUCCUGCCGCAGCCUGAGACCGGGGAGCCGCUGCUGGCGCCGCAGGAGAUCCUGGUGGCCAUACUGAGUUUGAAAAAGGACUCGCUGCCCCUGAAGCAGCACGCGGGCGGACUGACGGCCUGCCUGACCAUGAAGCUUCCUGACGGCGCGCCAGCGUUCCCUCCCAAGUCCCUCGCCUCAACCCUGCAGCAGCUUGUGGUCAGGAAGCCGCUGCCGUUCCUCUUCAUGCGCUUCACGAUCCAGGCGAACGCGGCGUCGCGCGAGCUACGGGGAUUUGUGCUGGAGAUUCUUUCGAUGCUGGUGGGGCAGGCGGUGUGGGCUGACAGCCAGCAGUGGCAAGGGUGGAUUGUGUGCGUGCGCGAGCUGCUUCCUGACUCCCUCCCCGUGCUGCUGCAGCUGCCCCUGAGGAACCUAGGCCUGGCGCUAGACAAGCUACCGGCAAAGGUGGCAACUCAGGCUGCCGAAUUUGUGAGCUCUGAUCGCUGCGGCCCGCUGCCGCGGCAAACACUAGCGCUGGUGCAGGAGAGGGCGGCUGCUGUUGAAGCUGCGGCCGCAAAACAGGCGGCUGAGCCGGCUCAGGCUGCCGAGCCCGCUGCGUAG